AUGUCGGAGAAAGGUGACGUUAAAGUUCCCAAAGAAAAGAAACCCCUACCUCUGCUGUUUACCUUUAUAAACGCUGGACUUUCUGGCAUGGCUGCCACCUGCGUGGUCCACCCUAUGGACGUGAUAAAGAAUAGAAUUCAAGUGCAGAAGGAGAAGGCUUCCAUCGGUUCAACGAUCGCUUCCAUAUACAAGAGCGAAGGGUUGCUGAAAUUUUAUUCUGGCUUGAGCGCAGGUCUCGUACGACAAGCAACGUACACUACUGUACGGCUUGGUAUUUAUAAUCAGCUGCAGGAACAGUGGAAGCAUAGAUACACCGGGAAGCCCAACUUUGGCGUAUUGUCGCUCAUGGCAGGCACAGCAGGAGCUGUAGGGGCCUUUGUAGGCACUCCUGCUGAAGUUGCCCUUGUAAGGAUGACUGCCGAUGGGAGACUGCCAAAAGGUCUAUAA